CACAGCUGAGACGAGUGCAAGAUCACACAAAGCAUAUGGAAGGCGAUUCUCGCACGCACAUAAUCCUGGUGCACGGCGCAUGCCACGGCGCCUGGUGCUGGUUCAAGGUGGCCACGCGGCUCAGGUCGGCGGGGCACCGCGUGACCACGCCGGACCUUGCGGCGUCCGGCGUCGACCCCCGGCCACUGCGCGAGGUGCCGACGUUCCGCGACUACACCCAGCCGCUGCUGGACAUCCUGGCCUCGCUCCCGCCUGGGGAGAAGGUCGUGCUCGUCGGCCACAGCCUCGGCGGCAUAAGCAUCGCCCUGGCCUCCGAGCUCUUCCCGGAGAAGGUCGCCGCGGCGGUGUUCCUCGCUGCCUUCAUGCCGGACCACACGCUUCCGCCGUCGUACGUGAUCGAGAAGGUGAGGUCGGCGACGGAUACGAUGGACACCGAGGUGAAGCCACAAGAUCCAGAGGGCAAGCUGCCAGCAUCCCUCCUGUUCGGGCCGCAGUUCACACGACAGAAGGUCUACCAGUUGUGUUCCUCUGAGGACCUCACCCUCGGUGCAUCUCUGAUGAGAGUUAGUUCGUACUUUGUUGAAGACCUGCAGCUGCAGCCGCCGUAUUCCGAGGACCGUUACGGCUCAGUGCGAAAGGUGUACAUAGUCGGCAAGGAUGACCUUGCCAUCAUCGAGGCAUACCAACGGUGGAUGAUAGAGAACAACCCGGUGCAGGAGGUGAAAGAACUCAAUGGCGCAGACCACAUGUCGAUGCUCUCGAGGCCAGACGAGCUAGCGCAGUGCCUCGCCGACAUUGCUGAGAAGUAUGUUUGAUGCCGAUGACAUGGAAAGAUGAUUGUUUAUCUAUAAGUUUUCCGUCUUUCUGAUGGCCUGUCAUAUAUGCACUGUUGUCUUGCAAAAUUGUUAUAGAGCAAGCAUGAACACUAGAAAUGUAUGGCAAAUUGAAAUAAAAGAAAGAACGGACAAGAUGUUUAGGUCCUGUUUGGGCAAGUGUUUUUGAAUGAACACCUUGUGUACGGAGAUUUUAUUUGUCACACGCUAUUGUAAAUUUCAUAAUCUAUUAAUAAAUUCUCAAAAGGUUGUGUGAGAAAGCAA